AUGGAAUCCCCCUUAACCCAACAAAGUAGACCCGAAACCUUCAAGCCUAAGAUCGUGCAACUAUACGAGAAUCUAUUCCAAACCACCGACUAUGCAGAGCCAUCGGAGGGAUUUUGGCGCGAGUUCUUCUUGUUGCCUCCCGAUCGUACUCGGCUUACUGCGGUCUUGAACCAGCUCAGUCCUGACGAGACCCUCAACUUGCAGAUCCAAACACAGCAACUCUUUGCUCGCGCAAUUCGCGAAGCGGCCUCCACCUCCAGUCCGGUGGAUUCCUAUGCUCUCGAGACCUUGACGAUCUUCUUAGCAUGUGUCUUGAAGAAGAAGUACACCAACCCCAGCUCGGAUGUCAUUACUGUUCUUGCUGGUCUCGACCAUGUAGACCAUGUGAUCUCCAACUUUGUCACUGUCCUGGAUGGCAUCAUCCGGAACGGCAGCAGCUAUGAUAUCCGUCUCAAGGCCAUAAAAGCCGCCAUCGCCAUGACUAGCGGGGCGUACAAGACAAGUUUGGUCUCUUACUUCACACACCGGGACUUGUUUCCUUCUCUUAUGAAGUUCGUCCAAGAGACGGAAACUCCAAUGCAAAUGUUCGAGCCAUUCGUGCUUUUGGGUUUGCUGGCAAACUACAACAAGUUCGAAUUCCAAAACCCCUACCAGCUGCGACUUGACGACUUUGUCAACGAGGCCAGUAUCCAGAAGAUUGCCAAGGGGGUCGGUCUCUCCUGUGGUGCUCUGCGAAACGGCUAUGUUGCAGUGCAAGACGACUCUCCGGAGGGCUGGUCUCUCAUCGGUACCCUGAUCUAUUUCGGUUUGGGUGUACUUGCCCCGGGCAAGAAAGACAAAGCUGGCACGCCAACCGCAGAAGAAGCCAAAGAUCUGUUCGCAGCACUGCUAUCCCCCGCUAACAACACCAGACCGGCCCAACAAGCAGCCAUCCUCCUCGCUACCUACGACUUCAUUAACGCCAACAAGCUCUUCGGCUACCAUCUCAUCAGUGCAGCCCCCGAAAAGGACAACGAGGAGACACCAUUCGCCUCUUUCCUUUCCCUCACUUCCUACCUCCUACAGCACGCCUAUCGGUCCCCAAGAGUCGCCCACUACUCCGAGCUGAACCUCCUCACCCUGCGCAUCCUCUCCGAAGACACCACGCUAUGCAAGCAACUCUGCAGCGAAGAAAGCAAGCGCAGAGUGCGCCUCUGCCGUCAAAGACAGCCAUAUCUCCCUCUCGUCAACGGCGAUCGAGUUCUAGUAACCGUCAUCUUCGACAUUCUCAUCGACACCCUAACCCACAAUCUCCGCCGCCGACUCGAUGUCAACCUCUACAGCCACUGCAUAUCCAUCCUCCUCCGCCUCCUCACCUACCUCUCCAUGAACAAAAUCCGCCUCACCUACCACUGGUCCGAACUCUGGCGUACUCUCCUCUCCCUCACGCGCUUCCUAACCACCUACGCCCCGGACCUAACCAGCAACCCACACACCACAACCCUAACCACCACCCUCAUCAACCUCAUCGCCUUCUGCGUCUCCUCCGGCGACACCUUCCUCCCGGACCCCCUCUCCUACGACGACCUCUUCUAUAAGCUCGUCGAAACCGGCCCCAUCAUCACGCGCUUCCGCGACGUCUACAACUUCAAGACAUCCGCAUCCGCAUCCGCAGGCGCUGAUACCAACAAGGAAGUCCACGUAGCCGCCAUCGACACGCUGAUUUCCGUCUCCACGCACUUCUACACGCUGUUGUUCGUGGACCCGGAUCAGAAUGCCGAAGCGGCGGGAAAGAGUGGAGAGGCGGCGCCGGUACCAGCGAACCUGAAAAAGAAUCUGAGUCCUCGGGAAGUCCAUCGAAUCAUCAAGCAGGGGUAUGAGACGUUGAGCAUUCAGCCGCCGGAGGGGCUGGGAGCGUGGACGAGGUAUCGUGAGACGGACUGGAAGAUGGAGUUAAAGAGGGCAGCGAGGUGUGCGGUCGAUGAUGCGAGGGGGUUGGUUGUUUAG